AUGUCCACAUCAGACCAGUCCCUUCAAGACGAUGACCAAAAAGAACAAAUUGGACCCCCGUCCAAAAAGCGACGGAUAAUUGACACAAUAAUCUCGGACUCCGACGGAACGAUUGAGGAUCAUCAGCUAUGCGACUACUUGAUUGAUUCCAAUUGGGAGGCGAACGAAAGGCUUCGGUCAAAGCUUAAAGAUGCCCGAGUGAAGCUCUCAACUGUUGAAAGAGACUUUGAUAGCUUGGAAGCCACGCACGCUCAAUGCCCGUACUGGAUCCAGAAGAACGAACAUCUUGUCGUGAUGUUGGAGGAUCAUUGCGAAAGCCUUGAACAGGACAAGAAAAAACUCGAAGAACGCUGCGAUUGGCUUGAAACGCAACUUCGAAACCAUACAUUUUCUCCCAGAGAAAAUAAUCGCAUUAUUCACAGGAUCGGAGUGGGGCAUGGAUUAGAGAAGGCAUGA